AUGACACAGAACUCUCCAACAAAGGCCGAGUUCGUGGCUACUCUCGACAGACUUGUCACCCGGAUGCUUUCUAUAGAUCGCCAGGCGAAGUGUGUGGUGCGACAGUUGAGCCACGCUGAGUACAUCUGGCACGAGUCGAAAGCAAUAACUCAGAGACUCCGCCUUGAAGCAAGACAAGCUCUUAAAGAGGCGGUUGAGAUGCUAAACCAUGCUGACCCUGUCCUUGAUGGUGAGGACGAAGGGCCUGGUGCGCCUUGCACCCCAACUAACCCAAAUCCUUGGAGCCAGAGUGCUGCCAUAGAAAUCGGCAUCUCGAUGCACGAGUCGGCUGCUACUGAGGCUACUUCCAGCCAAUGUUCAUCUACUUCUGGGAGCCAGUAG